AUGGCUUCCGAGCACGCGAAUCUGUUUCAGCAGCCGCCUGUGCCUCUCGAGGCCGGACCUGAGCUGCCAGUGCAGCCCGCAGAGCCGCUGACUCCCCAGGCGUUGGAGGUGCUGGCAGAGAAGGAUGCUGCACUGUAUGACCAGCACCUGCGCAUUAUGCGUUUCGAUGAUGCGCUGGCAGAGGUAGCCAGCAGACGUGGGCUGCUGAUGCGCUUCCACAUCAAGUCCAGCCGGACCCAUCACGUGCAGCCAGACUUGGUGGUGGAGGCACCCGAGUGCAUGACGGUUGAGUACCUGAAGCGUAGAGUUGUCAAGGCCAAGCUGCAACGUGGUGACAAGCUGAUGAGCACCACGCGCUUCCUGCUGCGCAAGCGGUUUGCCGGUGCCAGCGGUGGUGAGGUGGCUCAUGGAAUGGAGGAACUGCCCUCAGCCACCCCUGCUGGCGAUGAGGUCUUCUUGUUCCACCUGGGCUACCGUGCCCCUGGGCCCUACGAACUCUACAUCGCCACGGCGGCACAGACCAGCGACCUGGAGCAGCAGGAGGCGAUGCUGGCCAGCCUGAAGACUCAUGCGCAGAAGCAGCAGCAGAACUGGCAGCAGGCAGCUGCCACCAGCAUGGCCGCCCAACCUGCCGAGGUGGUGGAUUGCAAAGAUAAGUGGAGAAACAUUGUGAAGCUGGCGUGCGCGGGGAAGCAGGCGCGCUCCGCCGACCUCACUGAGGAGCAGCGGCAGAUUGUGAGCAGCAUUGUUUUUCGCUCAAAUGGCGCAGUCAACAGCACCCCUGCCAGCCAGACUGCUCCUGGCGACAGCCCACCCCAGCAGCAGCAGUAA